UGACAAGAUGGCCGGGCUGCCCCGCAGGAUCAUCAAGGAAACCCAGCGUUUUCUGGCAGAACCAGUACCUGGGAUUAAAGCCGAACCAGACGAGAGCAACGCCCGUUAUUUUCACGUGGUCAUUGCUGGCCCCCAGGAUUCCCCCUUUGAAGGAGGGACUUUUAAACUUGAACUAUUUCUGCCAGAAGAAUACCCAAUGGCAGCACCUAAAGUACGUUUCAUGACCAAAAUUUAUCAUCCUAAUGUAGACAAGUUGGGAAGAAUAUGUUUAGAUAUUUUGAAAGAUAAGUGGUCACCAGCACUGCAGAUCCGCACAGUUCUGCUAUCGAUCCAGGCUUUGUUAAGUGCUCCUAAUCCAGAUGACCCAUUGGCAAAUGACGUAGUGGAGCAGUGGGAGACCAAUGAAGCCCAAGCCAUAGAAACAGCUAGAGCAUGGACUGGGCUCUAUGCCAUGAAUAAUAUUUAAGUCGAUCCGAUCAUCAAGUUUGUGUCACUUCUCCUGUUCUGCCAAGACUUCUU